AUGUCCCCGACGGCGACGCCAACGUCAGCGAUCUCAAGACAUUCGACAGCGAGCUCAACUGUAUACGUCCAAGUCCCUACAUCUUCCUCGCUUGAUUUGGAGCGCUAUCGUCCCCUUGUGACGGCCGGUGCCAGCGCGACUCGGACCAACAACAAAGUUACCUCAACACACGUGUCGCUUUCCAGCAGCAAACUCAAAGAAAACACGCCUUUACAACCCCUACAACGUCUGAGCUCCAAGAAAAGCCAGACAAUGCUUUCAUCUGCCAGUUCUGCUCCCCAGUCCGCUUCUAUGAAGCGUAAAUUCACCGACCGCGAUCGAGAUCCUAGUGCAGACUCGGAUUCUUCUGCCUCCAAACGGAUUAGGUCCCUCUCUAGUGCCAGUGCAUCUGCACCGACCGCCAGUGCCCCUCUCAAACCAAGCCAGCUCAAUUCAUCUGCCAGAACGGUCGACGAGACUAUCGAGGUCGACCCCAGCAAGGCAUGCCCCGAGUUCCCAAAUGGAUGGACGUACUGCCAUCAAUGCUGCAAGAAGCGUGAUUUGGGAGACACGAUCCACUGCACCACUCUUGAACAGCGCGAAGUCGGAAAGACUAAAGUCGUCAAGUCAAAGAGAUGUGUCAACAAGUUUUGUCGACCGUGUUUGAAGAAUCGGUAUAACCUGGACCUUGAUGCUCUCAAGACGAAUAAGAAGCGCGAACCGGGCCACUUGGAUAACGCGGGUUAUUACUUCAAUGCCAUGGCUGUCCGCAAGUCCCUUCCGAACGAGUCUGCUUCUUCGAAGAAGGCAAAGGCCAAACCCACCAAACCCGAUGCAACCGCGCCAGUGGACAAGAAGAAGGCCCGUCCCAAAGCUCAACGCAAGAUAAAGACACUUGCACCUGUCAAAUGGACUCGGGUUGCAACUGCAUUGGACCAAUCCGAGCUCGAGGAACGCUUGUAUAUCCGAGAAUUCCUGCUCCGGUUCAACCAUCUCAGUGAGGCCGCGAUUCCCAAGGCUCACCUUGACGAACUCGACCAGCUCAAUGGCAACGGCAAAUCUAUCCAUGGGGUUGAGGAGCUGGACGAAAUUGCUUGGGUGGGGGACAAUUGCGUCAAAGCGAUAUUCAUCGGUCUUCUUGGCUUAUUUGCUCGCGCUGAUGAUGUCACCACUGUCCGUGCUUCUCAUGCUGCAGUGCGGGCACUUCGUCAAGCUGGGCUUCACCUUAGCAAAGUUUGGGGUAUCUUGGUCGAAUGGCAGAACGCGGUGAACGCUGCCUUGACAUCCACAUCCAACGCUCCCUCUGGCCCACCUUCCACUGCUCAUGAAAGCGCGUCCACUUCGUCGUCUUUAACAAAUCUCAGUUCCAACUCUCGCUCUCCGUCAGUGAAUGGGGUCGAAGUGGAGGGCGACAUGGAGCUGUUCGGUCCUUCAGCCAUCUCAUUAUCCGAACCUCAAACUCUUCCCCUUACCAUCCUCGCUGCCGUUGACCAAGGCCGUCGUGCAACCCGCGGUAUGACCUCUGCAACAACCAUGGCGGAUGGUUCCUCGAUCUCGAUCCUCAGUGCUAGUCAAUUCAUUCCCGUUAUUCUUUCCAUGAUCGAUCAACUUUUGCAACAAGAUAUUUCCGCUAUUAGAGAAGACCUGGACGAGGGAUUGAAGACCUCGAAGGAGUUGGUGCGCAAGGUUCGAGAGUGCGUCAGGGGCGAAGGCGAGAGGUGGGAGGUGAUUAGGAAAGAGCGAGAGAGCAUGAAGGAUAAAGAGAAGGCCAAGGAUAAGCACAGGUUCCAAUUCGCAAGGAAACUCCACAGAGACAUUCUGUCAGCCCUUGACCAUUCUGGAACGAUCGCUCAGUCUGAAUUCGCACUUCGAUUCGUACCGUCAGGCACCGACCCCGACGGUCGAGUAUACUACAUUCCUUCGCCCGGUUUUGCAGAACGUGAAGCCGCCGUCGAGUACAUCGACACUAUGCACACCAUCCGCGAGCAGGGCGGUAAAGUCAAUUCCAAGCUCAGGCUGAAGAAGCGAGUUCGGCCGGCUAAAGCUGAAGAGAGGGACGAGUUCAUUGACUUUAGUUGGAUGGUGCUGGUGUGGGGCCAGAUGCCAGAUGAGAAGGAGGCCUUUUGUCCGAAUGUGCCUCGACAGGGCGGUGACGAUGAAGAUGCUAUGAGCGUGGAUGGGGAUGAGGAUGACCCGGAGAAGGAGCGGUGGUACGCGUUCGCACAUCCUGAGGACAUCAAACAUCUCGCCGAGUGGGUUGCAGCGGAUAACGGUUUGGAUGAAGAGGAGGGGUCGUCAGACAAGGCUGCUUCUGCGGAUAACGACCAGGAUGCGCCUAUCAAACGAUUGGUGUCCGAGUUGAAGCAGUUCGCUGAACUAUUGGAGUGGAGGAGUCUCGAUGACAGGUAUCGGUUACCUAACGAGGCGUUCGUUCCGACUACGACGAAUGGCACCGCCAGCGCGAACGGUGUGAAGAGCUCAAGCGCGAAGACGAAGGCUAUUCCACCUGAACGAUUUUAUGCUCAGUAA